AUGAACACCCAGCCGCUACGGUACCAGAGUCUUAAAGUUGUUUUACUUUAUAUGGAAGCAAAUGUUAGGAACAAAAUAUCGCAAAGACUAUCGACGAUACGCUCAACUGAAAAAAUAGUACCUCUUCGAAUUCGUCAUCUCGGCCUUGAGAGAUAUAUUUUUGAGGUUGGCGACGUCCCACUCAAAGAGUUGAACGAUGAGCCCUUUCGUCACGAUACGGAUGAAAUUGAAGAAAGAGAGAAAGGAAGUUUGAGAAACUAUGAGGCGGCAUUGGCACUUAAAAUCAAAUCGAUGGAUACGGAAGCUACUGUAGAAGAAAUACCAGAAAACAACAAUCAAGACAUUGCAGACAAUGCUAGGAUACGCCGACUAUCUAACUAUUCAAUUGAAAGGCUGCACGAGGGAAUUGCAUUUCAUCGUCAUGCCCUUCUUCCAUUCCAUUAUCGCCGUCACAACUUGAGUCCACCGUAUACCUGUUAUAUCCAAUUGACGGCGGCGAGUAAAGGAACCAAACCGCGGAUUCAACGAUACAAGUAUACGAAGAGUCUUUAUGAAGCAGCAAAGCAACUCAACACAAUUCUAUUUGGAGGUAGAAAAGGCGUUAUUCAAGUUCGAGACUUUCAGAUGCCUUGGUAUUCUAUUUUGAGAUUACCAGUUGGAUUCAAAAUUAGAAUCAAGUGCAUGGACAAUGUAUACGAUUUAUCAUUGAAAUAUAAUGCAAUGCUUUCAAUGAUCGACAGUUCCAGCUUUCCACUGGAUAAGGCCAAUAUUUAUUCUAUUAUCGAUGCCGGUGUUGGUGUGAAUGAUCUCCGCCUUCCAGCGAUUAGAAGUGCGAAGAUGUUAAAAAUACAUUAUAUAAGUAUCGAACCCGUAUUGUUACCAUUGCUCAGAACUGUUCCGAAUCAAACUGUUAUUGUGACCUAUUCUGAUGUCUCAUACCCCGCCGAUGAGUAUUUUGCGUUGGUAAGAAGCUGGUUUAAUGACAAACGACCUGUUGGAACUUGUUACUUGUUUCCACUAAGGGAAGAAGAAACAGCUAGAGAAAUUCUGAAACUGAUCAAAAUUCGCAUGGAAAACACGAAGAGAACGAAAAGACGUGUAACCGUUUGCAUGGGACACUCAAACAGAUUGGAAGUGUAUUAUGUACCAGCUGAUACUCACAGUGAUCCCGAAUUCAAAUGUCAUGGAUAUAAAUGGAUUCUCAACAUGAGAGUCGUACACGUUUAA